UUAAGCACAAUGAGGCGCUUCAUCUUGGCUCUCCUGGCCUUGGCCUCUACCUCGGCCUUGGCUCAAGAUCCCGGCCCAUCGCCUACAGCCUCUGUUGGCUGCGAGCCACAUGGCGACCACUGGCACUGUGAUGGUCCAGCAACUGGAACCGCUACCACUACCAGCGGCCUAACUCUCGCCCCAAGUCCCACUGAGUCUGUGGGAUGCGAACCCCACGGGGACCACUGGCACUGCGACGGGCCCGCCUCCGCCACGGCCACGCCAACGGCUCCUUCUGAUGACCACGACCACGACCACGACCACGAUCAUGAUGACGAGGAUAGCAACGCGACACCGGCUGUCCCUAGUCCCACGGAGUCGGUUGGAUGCGAACCGCACGGCGACCAUUGGCACUGCGAUGGGCCCCGGGAGACUGGCAGUGCUUCUGCCAGCGGGAGCGACGCGUCCGCUUCCACUUUGGUCUCGACUACUUCAUCUGCCACAGCAUCUGCCACUGGAGCGCAGCAGACGGGUGGAGCUGGCUCUUUGAGCGUCGAAUUGACUGUGGCGGUUGGUUUGGCUGUUGCCGCUGCGGCGUUUCACGUUUGAUGGAUUAACAUGGUGAGAUGAUAUGGCGUGCCAUCUUUCAUCAGGGUCCAUUGAUGGUGCCGUCGCGAUUUAUGUACGUGUCCAUGAUUCUGGGGAAAAGUCAAGCUUAAAACGAACCUGUUCAUUGUCCAUGUGUUUCGUAUCAUGUUGUGAGAAUGUGGCUGUAUAAUAGAUAGGAGAGUCUGACAGUGUGUGGUUGAAUAAAUAAUUAUUGCUUGAGAAGAGAAGCAAAUGAGAGGACGGAGUGAAGAUACAUUGAUUUCGCUGGUAAAUGCAGAUGUUGACAAAUGCCACUUAAAAUUGAAUCUAACCACAAUAAUGCUACAUUUCAAAGACCGUCUCGGGAUUCGCCUGACGCCGUUUGAACUGAGCGGGUGGUGGCUCCACCAGAC